AUCAUGGCAUUAAUUUAAGUUGGCAAGCUCUUAUGGUAAAUGAAAUUCGCAGGCUUCAAAAAUUCGGAUCAUACAGCGAAUUAUUGGGGAUUCUCAAUCUUUCCUUCGGCACCUAGAAUCAAAACUAAUUUGCUUAAGUUAGCUAAUCACUGCAUCGAGUUUGUUAAUCAGAGAAGCGCAACAAUAGCAGGAGAAAGGGAAGAAAGCAUCUUUCAUCCAGUGAAAUAUAAUUCUAGUAUGCUGGCUCUAAAUUUUGUGAGUCUUAAUUAAGCAUUAUUGGGUUUAUGUUUUACAGGAGCUGUAUCCGUUCAGGAGAAUGUGACCAUGACUAAUGAUUUUACCGUGGUAAUGCAGGAAUGGAUGGUGACAACCAAAGUGCUUAUGCUAAAACUGACUCACAAUGCUGGAGAAUGGGUCUUGAAGGGAGUAUAUCAACACUCUGAACCCAAGCGUUGACACUUUUGUGGUCAGGACCAGCCCAGCCCACCAGUUGAGUUGUAGGUUCCAAACAAUCCCAAUGUAUCUAUGUAACUUUACCCCUGUUGUUUUAAGUAGAACCUCCGGGUCUAAGCGGCUGAGUGAUGCUCCUUGAGAGACUAGGCUUUUGGUGAUAUGGUUUAAGAUGAUUGUAAUGCUCCAUUGCUACCUGACGAUGACUGUGUACCUUCUUUUUUUUUUUUGAACAAACCAGAAAAGAGGUGACUCUGUACUUCUGUUAUUGUUAUAGUGGCUAUUUUGAUCUAGAUAAGGUCCCGUAGUUUUUCCCAAUUUGGAUUUUCCAUGAAAGAAUCUUGGUGUUAUUUAUUGCUUUUGCAGUUAGAUUCCUGUAAUUGAGUGCACAAGGGUGGGAAAAUUGAUUCUGGGUAUUCUGCUAUAAUUCCGCAAGAGCCAUGUCCUGUCACGGUCACAUUCAUGAAAAUUGAACACCAUCUCUUGUGGUCAAGCUUCAACAAACUGCUGCAACACUGGUAUUAUUGUUCAUAUAUCUUAAGCAAAAUCUAACCGGUGAUACUUUAGUCCAUAAUCAGAGUCCAAGAUUUACCUUCUAAAAAGCAUUCAAGCUUUACUUACUGAAGCUGCUUUUUUCAUGCUUCUUUGUGCAUUAAGGUUUGAUCACCAGAACUUCACUCGUACGUAGAUAAACAGACUACCAGAGUUUGCCACCAAGGACAAGAAGAAAGCUCAUUCUGUAGGGAGCACUCCACUCUGUCUCAUCUUGUUUUUAUGCUCAAUGUCUCGUAUUCUUUUCCUUGCUGUUCCAUAACACUACACAUCAAGCAUGUGUUCAUGUGUUCACAUCAAGAAACAAGAUGAACUUGU